AUUGGCCGAGCGGAUCCCUCUCCGCACGCUGAUUGGCGCGUUCAAAUGUGACGUCACGCGGCCGGGCCAGUAAAAAAAGCCGCUCUGCGCGCGCCAGCGGUAACAGUUGUGAUAGCGCAGUGGUAGUGGAUGCAGGUACCAUGGCUGGUGGAAAGGCAGGCAAGGACUCCGGCAAAGCGAAAGCCAAGGCGGUAUCACGCUCGGCUCGGGCGGGACUUCAGUUCCCCGUCGGCCGUAUCCACAGGCACCUCAAGAACCGGACGACGAGCCAUGGGCGCGUCGGUGCCACGGCCGCAGUGUACAGCGCCGCCAUCCUCGAGUAUCUCACCGCCGAGGUACUUGAGUUGGCUGGCAAUGCCUCUAAGGAUCUCAAGGUGAAGCGUAUCACCCCUCGCCAUCUGCAGUUGGCCAUCCGUGGAGACGAAGAGCUGGACUCGCUCAUCAAGGCAACCAUCGCCGGUGGUGGUGUAAUUCCACAUAUCCACAAGUCGCUCAUCGGCAAGAAGGGGUCGCAGAAGCCCGUAUAAAUUUUUUCCCAGUUAGCGUAAAUGUUUGCCCAUAAGGUGUGGCUUAGGCCCAGGGACCUUUGCUGCCAUGGAUGUGCUUGGUUGAUUGUGUUAAAAGAGGAUGCUUGCUUGUGCAUGUCCAUGGCU